UCUUCACUCAAACCACAAGAGCUUUGGAGCUUUCUGGGUGGUAAAGAAGAAGAAGAAUAACAUUGAGGAAGGAACCUUAAACAUUGCAUUGGUAUUGGUAUUGGUGGUGGAAGGGACAUGGCCAGUUCUAGUGGCACAAAGGGUCCCUUUGAGAUGGUUAGGCAACAAUCAAGGAGGAUGCAAAGGGCCCCAACAAGGAAUGUGGAAUUGGGAAAUGAGGAAGGUGUUGUGGACAGUGAGAUUGUGCCUUCUUCACUUGCUGUGCUUGUGCCAAUUCUCAGAGCAGCACUUGAAAUUGAGGAGGAGAAUCCUAGAGUUGCCUAUCUUUGUCGCUUCCAUGCGUUUGAGAAGGCCCAUAAAAUGGAUCCAACAUCUGGUGGGCGUGGUGUUCGUCAGUUCAAGACUUACCUAUUGCACAAACUCGAAAAGGAAGGGGAUCUUACAGACAAACUGGUUAAAAGAAGUGAUCCUAGGGAGCUGCAGGCCUACUACCAACAAUUCUAUGAGAGAAAAAUUCGGGAGGGAGAAAAUUCCCUAAGACCGGAGGAGAUGGCUAAGAAUGUUCAGAUUGCCACUGUACUGUAUGAAGUGCUGAAGACUAUGGUACCUCCACAAAGUAUUGACGAGAAGACCAAAAUAUAUGCUGAGGAUGUUGAGAAAAAGAGGGGACAAUAUGAACACUAUAACAUCCUUCCAUUAUAUGCUGUUGGUGUUAAACCAGCAAUCAUGGAACUUCCUGAGAUCAAAGCAGCAAUUGCUGCUUUAAGUAAGGUGGAAAAUCUUCCAAUGCCCAUAAUUCGUUCAAUUGCCUCUAAUGAUGAUUCUGCAAUGCCUACAGAGAGGGUUAAAAAUGUGAAUGAUAUACUUGAUUGGAUUGCCUCAAUUUUUGGGUUUCAGAAAGGAAAUGUGGCAAAUCAAAGGGAGCACCUUAUAUUAUUACUUGCCAACAUGAAUAUAAGGAACAAGAAUCCAUCAUCUCAGCUCCAUGAAGAAACUGUAGAAAAGUUGAUGACUACAAUUUUCAAAAAUUAUGAGUCUUGGUGUCAUUAUGUGCGUUGUAAAUCUAAUAUUAGGUAUCCAGAAGAAUAUGAGACACAACAGAUAGAGCUGAUUUUCAUUGCACUUUAUCUUCUAAUAUGGGGAGAGGCUUCAAAUAUUCGCUUUAUGCCUGAAUGUCUUUGCUAUAUUUUCCAUUGUAUGUCCAAUGAAGUCUUGCAGAUUUUAGAUAUGCAUGAGCACGCACAUCAUGUGACUGGGGGCAGACACCAAGUAUUAGCACGUGAUGAUGAACAUUUUCUCAGGGAAGUUAUAACACCGAUAUAUGAUGUUUUAAUGAAGGAAGCAAAGAGAAACAACAAAGGCAAGGCAAGUCAUUCCAAAUGGAGAAAUUAUGAUGAUCUUAAUGAAUACUUUUGGUCUAACAGAUGUUUUGAUCUAAAAUGGCCGUUGAAUCUCGAAGCAGACUUUUUUAGGCAUUCAGAUGAGACACAAACAGCACAUCGGGUCUCCAGCACUGGAGCUGGUAAGACGAAGCCCAAAACAAAUUUUGUUGAAGUGCGUACAUUUUUGCAUCUUUAUAGGAGUUUUGAUCGAAUGUGGAUAUUCUUUAUAUUGGCUUUACAGGCAAUGAUUAUUAUUGCAUGGAGUUCCUUGGAACCUGUUGGAGUGUUUUUUGAUGGAGAUGUCUUCAGAGAUGUUACGACUAUAUUCAUUACAUAUGCUUUUCUCAAUUUUCUUCAAGUAACUCUUGAUAUUAUUCUCACAUGGAAUGCAUUGAGGACUAUGAAAUUUACUCAGUUGCUUCGGUAUUUUCUGAAAUUUGUGGUAGCAGCUGUUUGGGUGGUUGUUUUGCCAGUCUGUUAUUCUAGUUCUCUACAGAAUCCAACGGGGCUUAUAAAAUUUGUCACAAGUUGGGCUGGGGAUUGGGGGAACCAGUCACUUUACACCUAUGUUGUUGUGUUAUAUAUGUUACCAAACAUAUUGGCUGCAAUACUUUUUUUCCUCCCACCUAUGCGGAGAACAAUGGAGCGCUCCAAUAUGCGAAUCAUUACCCUUUUGAUGUGGUGGGCUCAGCCAAAAUUGUAUGUAGGCAGAGGCAUGCACGAGAGCAUGUUUUCACUGCUAAAGUACACCUUCUUUUGGAUCAUGCUGCUAAUCAGCAAGCUUGCAUUCAGCUACUAUGUGGAGAUAUUGCCCCUCGUUGGACCAACAAAAUUAAUCAUGAGGAUGCCUAUAGAUAAUUACCAGUGGCAUGAAUUCUUUCCAGAAAAUGAGACUCACAACAUAUGUAUUGUCAUUGCAAUAUGGGCUCCAAUUAUUCUGGUUUAUUUUAUGGAUACUCAAAUAUGGUAUGCCAUUUAUGCUACUCUAUUUGGUGGGAUUGUUGGAGCCUUCAGCCAUUUGGGAGAGAUAAGAACACUUGGAAUGCUCCGCUCCAGAUUUCAAUCUGUACCAGUAGCUUUUAGUCAGCGCUUUUGGACUGGAGGAGACAGAAUGGAUAAAUCAGAGGAAUCGGAUGAGACAUAUGAACGGAAUAAUAUUGCAUACUUUUCUCAGGUUUGGAAUGGUUUUAUAAAAUCUAUGAGAGAGGAAGAUCUCAUAAGUAACAGGGAUAGAGAUUUGCUUCUUGUCCCUUACACCUCAAGUUAUGUUUCUGUCAUUCAGUGGCCUCCAUUCUUGCUUGCUAGUAAGAUUCCUAUAGCUGUUGACAUGGCAAAGGAUUAUAAGAAGGAGUAUGAUGCUGAUUUGUUUAAAAAGAUUAAAAGUGAUGGGUAUAUGUACUCAGCAGUUGUUGAAUGCUAUGAGACUCUCAAGGAGAUCAUACUGAACCUUCUGCUAGAUGACAAAGAUAGGAUGGUUGUAAACAGGAUAUGUGAGGAAGUAGAACAGUGCAUAAAUGAAGAAAAAUUUGUCAAGAAAUUCAAGAUGAGUGGCUUGCCCUCACUCAGUGAGAAGUUGGAGAAAUUCUUAACUCUGCUGGUAGGUCGAUCUGAAGAUGCCAAACUAGAGCCCCAGAUAGUCAAUGUCCUGCAAGAUAUUGUAGAAAUUAUCAUACAGGAUGUUAUGGAUGAGGGCCAUCUAUUUCUGCAAACACCUCAGCACCAAUAUCAUGUAGAGAGAGGACAAAUGUUUGUCAGCAUUGACACUUCUUUUACACACAAUAAAGAAGUGAGGGAGAAGGUUAUUAGGCUUCAUUUGCUUUUAACAGUCAAGGAAUCAGCCAUAAAUGUGCCGCAAAAUCUGGAAGCCCGGCGCCGUAUUACUUUCUUUGCAAACUCCUUAUUUAUGAAUAUGCCAAAGGCUCCCAAAGUCCGGGACAUGUUGUCCUUCAGUGUUCUGACGCCAUAUUACAGAGAAAAUGUUCUAUAUUCUACUGAGGAACUGCAUCUAGAAAAUGAAGAUGGAAUAACAAUUUUAUUCUACCUCACCAAGAUAUAUCCUGAUGAAUGGACCAAUUUACAUGAACGCAUUGCAAGUGAUCGUCUUGAAGAUGAUAGGGAGGAGUUAAUUUGCCAAUGGGCAUCUUACAGAGGGCAGACACUCUAUCGAACAGUGAGAGGAAUGAUGUACUAUGCCCAUGCUUUGACACUUCAGUGCUUAAUAGAAUCUGAAGGACACAAUGCUACAUCUGAAGGCCGUCAAGCAAUGGAUUUCUAUGACAAAAAUAAGAAACCUCUUGAACAUGCGCAAGCUUUGGCUGAUUUGAAGUUCACCUAUGUUGUUUCUUGUCAACUAUACGGUACUCAGAAGAAGUCCAAAAAUCUUGCAGAAAGAAACUGCUAUACUAAUAUUCUCAAUCUGAUUAUAACGAAUCCAUCCCUUCGAGUUGCUUACAUAGAUGAAACAGAAGAGACAAAGGAUGGAAAAUCUCAAAAAGUUUAUUUCUCUGUUCUUGUCAAGGGAGGAGAUAAGUAUGAUGAGGAAAUAUAUCGCAUCAAGCUUCCUGGUCCACCAACAGAAAUUGGUGAAGGGAAACCUGAAAACCAAAAUCAUGCCAUUAUAUUUACUCGUGGGGAAGCCUUGCAGACCAUAGACAUGAAUCAGGAUAAUUAUUUUGAAGAAGCUUUCAAAAUGAGAAAUGUAUUGGAAGAAUUCCGGAAAGGACAUAGUGGGCAGCGGAAACCAACCAUAUUGGGUCUAAGGGAGCAUAUAUUUACUGGAAGUGUUUCAUCACUUGCUUGGUUUAUGUCCAACCAGGAGACCAGCUUUGUGACCAUUGGCCAACGAAUUUUGGCAAAUCCUUUAAGGGUUCGAUUUCAUUAUGGUCAUCCCGAUAUAUUUGACAGAAUCUUCCACAUAACAAGAGGAGGAAUAAGUAAAGCAUCAAAAGUUAUAAACUUAAGUGAGGAUAUAUUUGCAGGGUUCAAUUCAACUCUACGACAAGGAUUUAUCACUCAUCAUGAAUACAUACAAGUAGGUAAGGGGCGAGAUGUGGGCAUGAAUCAGAUAUCACAGUUUGAGGCUAAGGUUGCAAAUGGAAAUGGAGAACAAACUCUUAGCCGUGAUGUUUAUCGACUUGGACGACGAUUUGAUUUCUACAGAAUGUUGUCAUUCUACUUCACAACAGUAGGUUUCUACUUCAGUAGCAUGAUAACUGUGUUGACUGUGUAUGUGUUCUUGUAUGGACGCUUAUAUAUGGUGUUGAGUGGAGUUGAGAGAGAAAUCCUUCAAAGUCCAAACAUACAUCAGAGCAGAGCCCUUGAACAGGCCUUGGCAACUCAGUCUCUUGUUCAGUUGGGCAUACUGCUUGUGCUGCCUAUGGUUAUGGAAAUUGGCUUGGAGAAGGGAUUUCGCACUGCUUUGGGUGACUUUAUCAUCAUGCAGCUGCAGCUAGCCUCCGUGUUCUUUACUUUCCAGCUUGGAACAAAAGCUCAUUAUUUCGGGAGAACCAUCUUACAUGGAGGCUCUAAGUAUAGACCAACCGGUCGUGGAUUUGUUGUCUUCCAUGCAAAGUUUGCUGAUAACUACAGAAUGUACUCACGAAGUCAUUUUGUGAAGGGCCUAGAGAUACUCAUAUUAUUGAUUGUUUAUGAAGUCUAUGGGGAGUCAUAUCGGCCCCCACAUCUUUAUUUAUUCAUCACAAUCUCAAUGUGGUUUUUGGCCACUUCCUGGUUGUUUGCUCCUUUCUUGUUUAAUCCUUCCGGUUUUGAUUGGCAAAAAACAGUGGACGAUUGGACAGAUUGGAAGCGGUGGAUGGGAAACCGUGGUGGUAUUGGUAUUCCAUCUGAUAAAAGCUGGGAAUCUUGGUGGGAUGAAGAAAAUGAACACCUGAAAGUUUCAAAUAUCAGGGGAAAAAUACUUGAGAUAAUUCUUGCGUUUCGCUUCUUUAUGUACCAAUAUGGAAUUGUUUACCACAUGGAUAUUACUCAUCAUAACAAAGAAUUUCUGGUAUUUGGACUUUCUUGGGGUGUUUUAAUAAUAAUCCUUAUUGUCUUGAAGAUGGUAUCCAUGGGUAGACGAAGAUUUGGCACUGACUUUCAGCUCAUGUUUCGUAUUCUCAAGGCACUUCUCUUUCUUGGCUUCUUGUCAGUCAUGACUGUAUUAUUUGUGGUAUGUGGACUUACAAUAUCAGAUUUGUUUGCGGCCAUUCUUGCCUUCAUGCCCUCUGGAUGGGCCAUUAUUCUGAUUGCACAAGCAUGCAAGGUAUGCUUGAAAGGAGCUAGACUAUGGGACUCAGUGAAAGAACUAGCUAGAGCUUAUGAAUAUGUAAUGGGAUUAAUAAUCUUCUUGCCAACAGCCAUUUUGUCAUGGUUCCCUUUUGUGUCAGAGUUCCAAACCCGGUUGCUAUUCAAUCAAGCAUUUAGUAGAGGGCUCCAGAUUUCAAUGAUUCUUGCUGGAAAGAAGGAGAAGGACACUUUUAAAUCUGAUUGACAUAUAUUAUUAAGUUGCUAAGGAAUUUCAAGUUCAGUCCAGGAUAAAUUAGUCUCUUACAUACCAGAAUUUUUUGGAAGUUCUUAUGAUUCCUUUUUCCUUUUCAUACUAAAUUUUGCUGACUGAGAAUAGGAAUGACAACUGAAUAUCCAAAAUCAGGGCAAUAACUAUAGCAGGACUUUCUUUUACAUUUUGAAAUUGCAUAGUUGUAUCAACACUGUAUAUGUAUGAGUUAAGGGAUGAUCUUUAU